AUGUUUAAUCGUAAUCAAAGGGCUGAAACAAGAAAUAGAGCAAAAGAUGAAUUAAAAAAAGUAAUUAAUGCUAUUGAUAAGGUAAGAAAAUGGGAAAAAAAAUGGAUAAAUUAUAAAGAUUCGUCUAUAUCUGUAUAUAAAUGGGUUCCAAUAUCUGGACCUUCAUCUUUUUCAACAGUUAAAAGUAUUGUAAAAACAACAGCACAGGAUACAGAAGAUAGUAAUGCUCCACCAUCAGUGGAAAAUUCUAUGGGUUGUACAAAUAGUAAAACAUUUCAAACCAUUAAUGAAGAUUCUAAUACAGGAUUUUUAGAAUCUAAUUAUGAUAGCGAUUCUAAUCAAACUUUUGAUCGUAUAAAUUAUAGAAAUAUUUCAAAUGGUUCAACAACAGGAAGUACAGAUUUUUCAUCACUAAGAGCAGAAGAAAAAGGUAUAAAAGAAGAUUCUAUAGAACCACCUGCAAAGAAAGAAAAACACGAAUAA